CUGCGUGCCGCCCCCGCGCGGGGCCUCGGGAUAAGCGGCAGCAGUUGCCUGCCCUACGCCGGUCACACGCCAUGUGGCGCUGCAGUUUGUCUGUCCCUGUCGCGCUGCGGCGGCUGAGCUGCCGCAGUGCCGACCUCAGAGCAUGGAGGUGGGGGAGCACCACGGCCUGCGAGAGGGCGCUGCAGUACCACGUCGGGGAGAAGAUGCACGGAUACACCGUGAGCCAGGUAACGUCCGUCCCUGAACUGUUCCUGACCGCCGUGAAGCUCGACCACGACGGCACAGGAGCGAGGCACCUGCACCUGGCCCGAGAAGACUCUAACAACCUGUUCAGUGUGCAGUUCCGCACCACGCCCACGGACAGCACUGGGGUCCCCCACGUCCUGGAGCACACGGUCCUGUGCGGCUCGCAGAAGUACCCGUGCCGAGAUCCAUUCUUCAAGAUGUUGAACCGAUCGCUGUCCACCUUCAUGAACGCCUUCACCGCUAGCGAUUACACCAUGUACCCGUUCUCCACGCAAAACCCCAGGGACUUCCAGAACCUGCUGUCCGUGUACUUGGACGCGGCCUUCUUUCCCUGCCUGCGGGAACUGGACUUCUGGCAGGAGGGGUGGCGGCUGGAACACGAGGACCCUACCGACCCCCAGACAGCCUUGGUCUUCAAAGGGGUUGUCUUCAACGAGAUGAAGGGAGCCUUCGCGGACAGCGAGAGGGUCUUCUCACAGCACCUUCAGAACCAGCUGCUCCCCGACCACACGUACGCGGCCGUGUCGGGCGGCGCCCCCCUGUGCAUCCCGGACCUCACGUGGGAGCAGCUCAGGCAGUUCCACGCGAAGCAUUACCACCCCAGCAAUGCCAGGUUCUUCACCUACGGCAAUUUUCCGUUGGAAGAGCAUCUGAAACAAAUUCACAAAGAGGCGCUGAGUAAAUUUCAGAAAAUUGAGCCAAACACUGCGGUGCCGCCUCAGCAGCGCUGGGAGAAGCCGAGGGAAUGCCAGAUCAGCUGUGCACCGGACGCGCUGGCCGCCGGGUCCCCCAGACAGACGACGGUCAGCGUCAGCUUUCUCCUACCAGACAUCACCGACACGUCGGAAGCCUUCACCUUGAACCUGCUGUCGUCGCUCUUGGUCAGCGGGCCCAGCGCCCCGUUCUACAAGGCCUUGAUCGAGUCUGGACUAGGCUCGGAUUUCUCUCCUGACGUCGGGUACAACGGCCAUACCAGGGACGCCUACUUCAGCGUGGGUCUGCAGGGCGUCGCCGAGACCGACGUGCCCAGGGUCCGGGACAUCAUCAACAGGACGCUGGACGACGUCAUCGCGAAAGGAUUUGAAGUUGAUCAAAUUGAAGCUUUACUUCAUAAAAUCGAAAUACAAAUGAAGCAUCAAUCUGUCAGCUUUGGACUCGCCCUGACGUCUUACAUCGCAUCCUGCUGGAACCAUGACGGGGACCCUGUAGAGCUGCUGAAGCUGGGGGGGCAGGUGGCACAGUUCAGGCGCCGGCUUGAGGAGAAUCCAGAGUUUCUGCAAGAAAAAGUGAAACAAUAUUUUAAGAACAAUCAGCAUAAGCUGACUCUGUCGAUGAGACCCGAUGACCAGUACUCCGCGAAGCAGAUGCGGCUGGAGACGGAGAAGCUGAGGCAGAAGGUCAGCUCGCUGUCCUCGGAGGACAGGCGGCAGGUCUAUGAGAAAGGGCUGCAGUUGCAGACUCAGCAGAGCGAGGCUCAGGAUGCAUCCUGUCUGCCAGCGCUGAAGGUGUCGGACAUCGAGCCCAGCACGCCCUGCACGGAGCUGGCGGUGGCCCUGGCAGCUGGCGACGUCGCGGUGCAGUCGUGUGUGCAGCCCACCAACGGCGUGGCCUACGUCCGGGCCUUCUGCAGCCUGCCUGCCCUGCCUGCCGAGCUCCGGCCCUACGUGCCACUCCUCUGCAGGGUCCUCACCAAGCUGGGCUGCGGCGUCCUCGACUACCGGGAACAGGCUCAGCAGAUAGAGCUGAAGACGGGCGGCAUCACCGUGUCGCCACACGUGCUCCCCGACAGCUCGCACCUGGACACCUAUGAGCAGGGUGUGCUAUUUUCAUCGUUCUGUCUGGAUCGGAACCUGCAGGACAUGAUGCACCUGUGGGGUGAGAUAUUCAACAGCCCGCGCUUCGAAGAAGAACAGUAUUUCAGAGUACUGGUCAAGAUGGCCGCUCAGGACCUGUCCAACGGGGUCCCAGACUCAGGACACCUGUACGCAUCCAUCCGAGCGAGCAGGACCCUGACACCCGCGGGGGACCUGCAGGAGACCUUCAGCGGGAUGGAGCAGGUGAGGCUGAUGAAGAGCAUUUCAGACGUGGCGGAUGUCCGACCCGUCCUGAGCAAGCUCCCACGGCUGAUGGGUUUGUGCGUGUGCGGCUCUCCGAACAGGUGCGCGGUGAAUGCGGCCCCCGGGCAGCUGUCGCAGGUGCAGCAGGUGGUGGGGGACUUCCUGGCAGGCCUGGAGCAGAGGACGACGGAGAGGAAGCCGGCGCACCCGCACGUGGUGGAGAAACCUGUGCCUAAUGGUCCUGGGGACAGUGCGUGCCUUAGCGGCUCCCACAUCAUCAGAAAGCUGAUCACGGACCCCACGUUCAAGCCGUGCCCGGUGAAGACGCACCUCCUGCUCCCGUUCCCCGUGAGCUAUGUCGGCGACUGUGUGCGAACCGCCCCGUACACGCACCCAGACCACGCCAGGUACGAGGGCUGUGACAGACCGCGGUGGCUGCCACGGGGCCCAGGAGAUGCAUCAGCAGAAACGCUGCAGACCUUCGCAAAGGCCGCAAGCUGGGCCCAGUCCGGGCAGUUCUCACAGCAGGACAUCGACGAGGCCAAGCUCGCCGUGUUCUCCACGGUGGACGCGCCCGUGGCGCCCUCAGACAAAGGCCUGGACCACUUCCUGUACGGCCUCACGGACGAGAUGGGGCAGGCACAGCGGGAGCAGCUCUUCGCCGUGCACCGUGGGGCGCUCAUCGACGUGGCCCACAGGUACCUGGGUGUUGGUGGGAGCGCUCACGGGCUGGCUCUGCUGGGGCCUGAGAAUGCGAGGACCGCCAGCGACCCGUCGUGGGUGAUACAGUGACCGGCAGACCCCACAGACCCCGCCAGGCCCAGACUCUGUCACCGGCCCCCAAGAAGCAAGGUGGAGCCAGAUUUACUUUGAGAGGUCAGAAAAGCGAUGGUCUUUUCCGAAUAUCUUGAUCGUUUAUCAUUCUGGAAGUUUUGCCAGCGUCACGUGCUGCCCAGCAGGGCAGGGACCUGGCGUGAGCGGGACAGAGGUGCGGGCCUCAGCGCCAGAGAUGCACCGCGGACUUUCUAGUAAUGGGGACGCGUGUUCUACUCAUCUUAGAGUAUUUACUUAAAAAUAAAAGGCAACGCUGACCUAA